ACAAGAACAACAACAGAAAGUCAAACAACAACAGAAGGUCCAACAACAACAACAGAAAUUCCAACAACCACAACUAAGUCAACAACUCCAUCCAUAACAACAAUAGUAACAGAGGAAGUUACAACUGGUCCAGAAUCAACAACACCUACCACCACAACCACAACAACAACAACCACCACAGAAAGUCCAUCAACCACAACAACAUCUAAGACAACAACAUAUUCCACAACAACUGAAACAACAGAGGAAAUUACAACUGGUCCAGAAUCAACAACUCCCACAACAACCACUACUACUACCACAACAACAACAACAACCACCACAGAAAGUCCAUCAACCACAACAACAACUAAGAAAACAACAUAUUCUCCAACAAGUGAAACAACAGAGGAAAUUACGACUGGUCCAGAAUCAACAACACCAACAACAACCCCCACUACUACCCACAUGACAACCCCUACCAUUACCCCAACAACAACAACAACAACAACAGAAAGUCCAACAACAACAACAGAAAGUCCAACAUCAACAACAACUAUGUCAACAAAAUAUUCCACAACAAGUGAAACAACAGAGGAAAUUACAACUGGUCCAGAACCAACAACAACCACAACAACCAUUACUCUGACAACAACCCCUUCCACUAUGCCCACAACAACCCCAACUUCACCAACACCCACUACUACUCCACACUGCCUGACCAAGACUGUCUGUGAAUGGUCAGACUGGAUUAGCAAAUACUAUCCCUCUGUUGGACCAGAAGGAGGAGAUUAUGAAACCAUAGAAAAUAUAAGAAAAUCUGGUAUUGAUAUUUGUAGCCAACCUAAGGAUGUAGAAUGCAGAGCCAAAGACAACAUCCAUGUUCCUUUGGCCGAACUAGGUCAAAAUGUUGAAUGCAAUCCCUCAGUUGGACUGAUAUGCCGCAACAAGGAUCAAGGCAUCCCACCAAUAUGCUACAACUACGAGAUCAGAGUCAGAUGUUGUGUUGAUGUUUGUAGCAAUGAGACACCUACCACCUCAGAAAGGCACACAACAACCAUUACAACAUCAUCACCUACCCCAACAACAACAACAACAACAACAGAAAAUCCAACAACAACAACUACCCCAACAACAAGAACAACAACAGAAAGUCCAACAUCAACAACUACCCCAACAACAACAACAACAACAACAACAACAACAACAACAGAAAGUCCAACAACAACAACUACCCCAACAACAACAACAACAAUAGAAAGUCAAACAACAACAGAACGUCCGACAACAACAACAGAAAGUCCAACAACCACAACUAAGUCAACAACUCCAUCCAUAACAACAAUAGUAACAGAGGAAGUUACAACUGGUCCAGAAUCAACAACACCUACCACAACAACCACAACAACAACAACCACCACAGAAAGUCCAUCAACCACAACAACAUCUAAGACAACAACAUAUUCCACAACAACUGAAACAACAGAGGAAAUUACAACUGGUCCAGAAUCAACAACUCCCACAACAACCACUACACUAACAAUAACAACAACAACAACCACCACAGAAAUCCCAUCAACCACAACAACAACUAAGACAACAACAUAUUCUCCAACAGGUGAAACAACAGAGGAAAUUACGACUGGUCCUGAAUCAACAACACCUACUACCUCUACCACAACAACAACAACCACCACAGAAAGUCCAUCAACCACAGUAACGUCUAAGACAACAACAUAUUCCACAACAAGUGAAACAACAGAGGAAAUUACAACUGGUCCAGAAUCAACAACACCCACAACAACCCCUACUACUACCCCAACUACUACCACAACAACAACUCAGACGAGGACUACCUCUGAGGUUAUAACAACAGCAACCACCAAAGCAUCUACGACAACAACAGCAUUCACUGUCGUCACAAAUCCACCAUACACAAAACCAACAGAAAAGCAAAUCUCCAACUUGACAACACAGAAAAAAGAAACUACUACAUCAAACCCAACCACCACCCCUACCAUUACCCCAACGACAACCCCUACCAUUACCCCAACGACAACCCCUACCAUUACCCCAACGACAACCCCUACCAUUACCCCAACAACAACAGAAAGUCCAACAACAACAACAGAAAGUCCAACAUCAACAACAACAACUAUGUCAACAAAAUAUACCACAACAAGUGAAACAACAAAGGAAAUGACAACUGGUCCAGAACCAACAACAACCACAACAACCAUUACUCUGACAACAACCCCUUCCACUACCCCCACAACAACCCCUACUUCACCAACACCCACUUCAUCCACUACUACUCCACACUGCCUGACCAAGACUGUCUGUGAAUGGUCAGACUGGAUUAGCAAAUACUAUCCCUCUGUUGGACCAGAAGGAGGAGAUUUUGAAACCAUAGAAAAUAUAAGGAAAUCUGGUAUUGAUAUUUGUAGCCAACCUAAGGAUGUAGAAUGCAGAGCCAAAGACAACAUCUAUGUUCCUUUGGCCGAACUAGGUCAAAAUGUUGAAUGCAAUCCCUCAGUUGGACUGAUAUGCCUCAACAAGGAUCAAGGCAUCCCACCAAUAUGCUACAACUACGAGAUCAGAGUCAGAUGUUGUGUUGAUGUUUGUAGCAAUGAGACAACCACCACCUCAGAAAGGCCCACAACAACUGUUAUAACAUCAACAACUACCCCAACAACAAGAACAACAACAGAAAGUCCAACAACAACAACUACCGCAACAACAACAGAACGUCCAACAACAACUACCCCAACAACAACAGAACGUCCAACAACAACAACAGAAAGUCCAACAACCACAACUAAGUCAACAACUCCAUCCAUAACAACAAUAGUAACAGAGGAAGUUACAACUGGUCCAGAAUCAACAACACCUACCACCACAACCACAACAACAACAACCACCACAGAAAGUCCAUCAACCACAACAACAUCUAAGACAACAACAUAUUCCACAACAGCUGAAACAACAGAGGAAAUUACAACUGGUCCAGAAUCAACAACACCCACAAAAACCCCUACUACUACCCCAACUACUACCACAACAACAACUCAGACGAGGACUACCUCUGAGGUUAUAACAACAGCAACCACCAAAGCAUCUACGACAACAACAGCCUUCACUGUAGUCACAAAUCCACCAUACACAAAACCAACAGAAAAGCAAAUCUCCAACUUGACAACACAAACAAAAGAAACUACUACAUCAAACCCAACCACCACCCCUACCAUUACCCCAACAACAACCCCUACCAUUACCCCAACGACAACCCCUACCAUUACCCCAACGACAACCCCUACCAUUACCCCAACAACAACAACAACCACAACAACAGAAAGUCCAACAACAACAACAGAAAGUCCAACAACCACAACUAAGUCAACAACUCCAUCCAUAACAACAAAAGUACCAGAAGUUACAACUGGUCCAGAAUCAACUGCACCUACUUCCACGAUAACAACAACAACCACCACCACAGAAAAUCCAACAACAACGACUGCAACAACAAGAACCACAACAACAGAACGUCCAACAACAACAACAGAAAGUCCAACAACCACAACUAAGUCAACAACUCCAUCCAUAACAACAAUAGUAACAGAGGAAGUUACAACUGGUCCAGAAUCAACAACACCUACCACCACAACCACAACAACAACAACCACCACAGAAAGUCCAUCAACCACAACAACAUCUAAGACAACAACAUAUUCCACAACAGCUGAAACAACAGAGGAAAUUACAACUGGUCCAGAAUCAACAACACCCACAAAACCCCCUACUACUACCCCAACUACUACCACAACAACAACUCAGACGAGGACUACCUCUGAGGUUAUAACAACAGCAACCACCAAAGCAUCUACGACAACAACAGCCUUCACUGUAGUCACAAAUCCACCAUACACAAAACCAACAGAAAAGCAAAUCUCCAACUUGACAACACAAACAAAAGAAACUACUACAUCAAACCCAACCACCACCCCUACCAUUACCCCAACAACAACCCCUACCAUUACCCCAACGACAACCCCUACCAUUACCCCAACGACAACCCCUACCAUUACCCCAACAACAACAACAACCACAACAACAGAAAGUCCAACAACAACAACAGAAAGUCCAACAACCACAACUAAGUCAACAACUCCAUCCAUAACAACAAAAGUACCAGAAGUUACAACUGGUCCAGAAUCAACUGCACCUACUUCCACGAUAACAACAACAACCACCACCACAGAAAAUCCAACAACAACGACUGCAACAACAAGAACCACAACAACAGAACGUCCAACAACAACAACAGAAAGUCCAACAACCACAACUAAGUCAACAACUCCAUCCAUAACAACAAAAGUAACAGAGGAAGUUACAACUGGUCCAGAAUCAACAGCACCUACUACCACAACAACAACAACAACAACAACAACCACCACAGAAAGUCCAACAACAACUACAGCAACAACAUCAAACCCAACCACAACUCCUACCAUUACCCCAGGCACAACCCCAACCGUUACCCCAACAACAACUCAUAUCACGACCCCUUCCACUCCCCCUACCAUUACCCCAACAACAACCCCUACCAUUACCCCAACAACAACCCCUAUCAUUACCCCACCGACAGCCCCUACCACGACCACAAGCCCUACCACGUUAUGUUUUUGCACAUACAAAAAUCUACAUUUCCCUGCUGGUUCCUUGAUAUAUAAUGAGACUGAUGGGGCAGGCUGGUGUUUCACAUCCUACUGUAACUCAAGUUGUGUUGUUGAGAAACAAGCCAGACCAUGUCCCUCUACGACCCCAGCUACAGUCAGCACUGUCUCAGCUACAGUCAGCACUGUCUCAACUACAGUCAGCACUGUCUCAACUACAGUCAGCACUGUCUCAACACCAACAGAAGCUACACAUUCUACAACAUCUACAUUGUCCCCGACUACACCUUACAUGGGCUGUGAAUAUGUCAUUCCACCAAGAAAGGAUGGUGAGACUUGGAAGACAGACAACUGCACUACUCAGACUUGCCACAGGGGUGUAAUUACCACAACGUUUGUGGUUUGUGAGUCUGUAGAAAAGCCUGUGUGUGAAAAUGGAUACCCACCAGUGAAAGUCUAUGACGAAUCAGGUUGCUGCUAUCACUACGAAUGUGAAUGUAUAUGCUAUGGAUGGGGAGACCCUCAUUACGUCACAUUUGAUGGCCAAUAUUACAGUUUCCAGGAAAACUGCACCUACGUUUUGAUGAAAGAAAUAGUUCCUCGACAGAACUUCAGUGUCAUCAUCGACAACUAUAACUGCGAUCCGUCUGGACAUGCGACCUGCCCUCAGUCUCUGAUUGUCUAUUACAAGUCCUACAAAAUCGUUCUUACUCCGAUGAGAUUAAACGUGACAACAAAUAUGGUUUACAUCAAUGGAAAUCAGAUCUUCCCGACCUUUUCUAAUGAAGACCUCAUGAUCACCAGCACUGGGGUGGAGUUACUGUUGAAGAUCCCUGCCAUUAAAGCAACAGUGAUGUUUAAGUCCCUUAUGUUCAGUGUAACCCUGCCAAACUCCCUAUUCCACAACAACACAGAGGGGCAGUGUGGUACCUGUGACAAUAUCAGGAAAAACGAUUGCAGAUUACCGAAUGGAAAGAUUGACCCAUCAUGUCCUGGGAUGGCUCAUGAAUGGAAGAUUCCUGAUGUUAAAAAACCCUACUGUGAACGGCAACCCCCUAUCCUACCUACCCCUAAGCCUCCAACCUGCCCGUCAGGAAAGACAUCAAUCUGUGACAUCAUACUUAGCCCGGUCUUUAAGCAAUGCCAUGAUGUUAUCCCACGUCAACCCUUCUUCGAGGCCUGUAAGUUUGAUGUCUGCCACAUGCCAAACAUCUCAAUUGGCUGCUCCAGCCUGGAAGCCUAUGCCGUGAGGUGUGCAGCAGCUGGAGUCUGUAUCGACUGGAGGAAAUCAACAAAUGGAACAUGUGAACUGACCUGCCCUAAGACCAAAGUGUAUAAGGCAUGUGGUUCUACGAUCCAGCCAACAUGCAAUUCAAGAUACAAUGACAAAUAUGUGCAUUCAUGUCAAGGAGCACAAAUGACCCGUGACUUUGUAUGUGACUCAUUCAUGGAGGGCUGUUUCUGCCCUGAGGGUACCAUCUUGUUCAACACAUUCUCUGACACCUGUGUUCGUGACUGUGGUAAGGAUGUGUCAGUUUGA